AUGCCUCGCACAAGCACGGCCAAGAAAGCAUUAAAGUCCUGCGACGAGGACCGGAUCAGCAACCUGCCGGACGACAUCCUGCACCAUGUCCUUGGCUUCCUGCAUGCAGAUGAGGCAGUGCGCACCUGCCUGCUCUCCCGGCGCUGGCGCUACCUUUGGAAAUUCAUGCGCCGUCUUCGCAUCAACGACGUGGGGAGGAGGGGGAAGAGCACCACCGACGUUUUCCUUAACAAGUUCAUGAGCUACCUGCUGCUCCUCCGAGACCCUGGCUCGACUCUAGAUGAGGUUGAGAUCGAGUAUGAUAAUUUGAUUGACAAUCGCCAUUUUAACUACGGUUGUCCUUGGGUCGACAUUUGGAUCCGACAUGCUUUGUCAUGCCAAGCUCAGGUGCUCACUGUCAAGCUCCAUAAGGAGGCGCACUUCCAUGUGUGUUUGGAGGCCCCUCUGGUCUCCCAGCAUUUGAGAAGAUUGGAGAUUUAUGAAGUGCAAUUGAAAAGCAACUUCCUGAAUUUUUCAAGCUGUUCAGCAUUGGAGGAGCUAAAGAUAAAAGACUGCAACUUAAAAACUAACAGAAUAUUGUCCCAGUCUUUAAAGCAUCUGAGCAUCACUGGAUCUGCUUUCUUAUCUCAACGCCGGAUUUGUAUUUCUGUCCCAAAUCUCGUUUCGCUGCAACUCAUAAACAAUCGAACUGCAACCCCAUUGCUUGAAAGCAUGCCGUCACUAGAAACUGCAGUGAUCAGGUAUGACUACUACACCAGCGAGUACUGUCACAACGGUGUUGCUGGGGAAUGUUGUGGUAUUUGUGCAGAUUGCUGUGAAAUUGUUGAUAUUAUGCUACUGCACUUUGAGUCCGAUGCUGUUCUAGUUGCAAAGUUUAUUUUUAAAAGGGAUUUAAGAUGGUGCCCUACAUUUAGCAAGUUAAAGAAUUUGUUGCUGAAUGGCUGGUGUGUGCAACCUGACCUCCGUGGACUAGUUUCUAUUCUUGAACAUUCACCGAUUCUUGAGAAUCUGACGCUUCAACUGUGCAAGGUGCAUUAG